AUGCCAGUCAAAGUUCUAUCCAAGUUCGAUGAGUUCCAGACAAUCAUCAACAGUGGGGAACCAGUCGUUAUCGAUUUCUGGGCCACUUGGUGUGGACCAUGCAGAAUGAUCUCCCCGAUCUUGGAACAGCUCUCAGACAACCCAGACGUGUCUAAAGUUCAAUUCUACAAAGUUGAUGUAGAUGAGGCAGAUGAGAUAGCUAAAGAUCAGCAGAUCAAAGCCAUGCCGACCUUCCGCCUUUACAAGGAUGGCAAAAUCGUCAAGGAGCUCGUUGGUGCCAACCCAGGAGCCCUUCAAGGGUUGGUUUCUGAAGGAGCGUUGCUUGUUUAA